AAUCCAAACAAGUUUAAGUGGUGUUAGUACAGUUUAUAUAUUUAUAUAAAUAUAUUCGGUACGUUCAGUACGCGCGCGCAAACAGAGUUCACAUCGUUUUCCAACAACACUCAGCACCACUAGCUAUCGCGUCGGUAUUGCGCCACAAAUAUGGCGAAUAUCACGAGACGUUUAUUCCGACCGCUCAAAAAUAGUUACAGCAACAUUGUUAACAGUAAUUACAGUUUCAAAAGUAACCACAAUGUUAUUAAAUUUAUAAAAACAAGUGCUGGGUUAAUUGCCAUCGGUGGCAUUGUAUUAUACGCUGGAAAAAAAUAUCACAGUGUCAAUGUCGUCUAUGCAGCAGCUCGACCACGCAAGCGCGAGGAUGAACUUCCCAAGGCGGUAAAAUUGACUAUGAGAGAGAGAAGAUUUAUUAAGUUCGCGUCGGUGGAAUUCAAUGGGCAGCUAUAUAUGACACCUCAAGACUUCCUCGACAGCAUCGUCGAGUGCGAGCCCAGACCUAGAUAUAAACGAAGAGUUCUCACUAACAAAGAUCUUGAAAUGAUUAAAAAUACGACGCCUUUAUUGCAACGAGGGAAUUCACAUAUGUUUAGAAAUCUCAAAGACAAAGGAAUUAUUUCUUACACCGAGUACCUGUUUCUUCUGUCCAUACUCACGAAACCACAAACAGGAUUUCGAAUUGCAUUCAAUAUGUUUGAUACCGAUGGAAAUGAAAUAGUCGACAAAAAUGAAUUUCUUGUGAUGAGGAAGCUGUUCGGGUCCGGAGUGAAAAAUCGUGAACUCAACGAGACAACUGCACGAGUCCUGCAAAAACUAGUUACCCCGAGCGAAGAGAUGACACUUGCCAUGAAAACAAUACUGCGAGACAGCCACGAAAAUAGUAAUUCAUCAAAGAGUGAAAACCCAUCGAGUUCUUAUAUGGAGAAAAUUUUCAGUCACGCGUGGAAAGGAAGACACGGCGAAAAUGUUGAGAAUGUUACUGAUAAAUUAGUAUCCGAUGACAGUGUGGACCUGCCUAAGGAAAAUGACGAAGGACUGCAACGCAGGCACGCGGUAGAUACGACGAUUAUGAUUCACUUCUUCGGAAAAGACGGAACUAAGGAACUCAAGUACGAUGGGUUUAGACAAUUUAUGGAAAAUCUUCAGCACGAAGUGCUGGAACUCGAGUUUCAGGAGUUCAGCAAAGGAAGCGACACUAUUUCGGAACUGGACUUUGCUAAAAUUUUGCUGCGCUACACGGAUUUGGAUACUGACGAGUACGACAAAUAUUUGGGACGAUUAUUAGAACGAUCUGAGCGGCACGAAGAUAUUAAUUUUCCGGAGUUUCGACUUUUUUAUCAGUUUUUAAACUCUUUAGAAGAUUUCGCGAUUGCCAUGAGAAUGUACACUCUUGCUGAUCAUCCAAUUUCUAAAGAGGAAUUUAGACGCGCAGUGAAAAUCUGCACAGGAACGAACAUCCCGAUGCACAUAAUUGAAACAGUUUUCGCAAUAUUUGACGUUGAUGGUGACGGACAAUUGUCCUACAAAGAAUUUAUCGCCAUAAUGAAAGACCGUCUGCACCGCGGAUUCAAAACUCAGCCAAGAAGCGAAGGAUGGGAAAGUUUUAAAUUCUGCGUAAAGCAAGAAUUGAAAGCACCUUGAAAAAUUUAUAGACUUGUUUGUUUAAAAGCCUCCGCUGUCUACAGUCAUCGAAUAUUUUCAGUGCCAACAUUUAUUUAUUUUUUAAUAAAUUUAUUUAAGUAUUAACUUGAGGAACUAACUGUCAAUCCAAAAUACUCAACUAUAAAUAUAAAAAAAUUUAGAAAAAAUUAACUUUUAGAAAUUUAAAUUAACAAUUUAUGUAAAUAAUUUAAAAUAAAUUAUAAACUAACUAUUUUA